AUUAAAUUUUAAUGAUUUCAYUAUCAUACUAAUAUAGAAUAAAUCUCAACUUGUAUUUAUGUUACAUUUAGGUUUUGUGGAAAAGGCUGCUGCUGUGGAGGAUGUAAUAGCCAAUUUCUUCAUGUUGAAUCUACUCGCCAUCAAUCAGGAACUUCUGAAGCAGAGAUAUUACCAUCCAAUACUUCUUGUCGCUUUUUCUUAAUUGGCACAUGCAAGUAUGAUAGUGCGUGUAAUUUUCGUCAUGACUCUGAACCUGCUAAUGACGCAUGUAUACAAGACAAUUUACAAGAGAGUUCUUCGAUAAAGAAACAUACUGUCCCUACUGCAGCUUCAAUGCAGUUAAAAAAUACCAUGAGUAGUAUUCAUGUGGAUGAAAAAUUGGUUAAAGCUUCUGAUUUUUUAUCAUCGACUGUCUCAUCAGUUGCUGGUUCUUCUACAUCCAACAACGAAUUGUUUAAUACUUCAGGAACAUCAACUAGUACAUCCAAACCUAUUCCAUAUGCUCAAGUUUUAAAUCCAUCAGUUCAAGCAUUCGAUCCUUCUGAUAUUCAACGUAGCAAAGAAAUGUCUUGCGGCAUCUGUUUUGAAAAAAUAAUGGAAAAGUUACCAAACGAACAAACGUUUGGUAUUUUGCCAAACUGUAAUCAUUGUUAUUGUUUAAACUGCAUUAAAGAAUGGAGAAAAGCUAAAGAAUUUAAAAUUGAAAUAA